AUGGCGGAACAACACAGUGUUCCAGGCGGCAACACUGCUGCAUCGAUGACCCCACCUGCCAGCGCCGACGGAGAGAAGAUGCACCUUCAUGGGAUCAAUUCUUGCUCGGCUUCUCCUCGUCCUUCCAUCGAGGAUGACGGUACCUCUCCUAUUCUGGAAGAUAUUCAACCAGAUCAUUAUUAUGAGGGUGGGAGAGUGCCGGUCUUCAAGCCGACCAUGGACCAGUUCCGAGACUUUCGAGCUUUCAUUCGCUGUAUUGACAAAUAUGGCAUGAAGUCAGGAAUUGUGAAAGUGGUUCCUCCAAAGGAGUGGACGGACUCGCUUCCCGCCCUAGACGAGGCCGUCAAGACCAUCCGCAUCAAGAAUCCUAUCGUCCAGGAAUUUACAGGGUCUCACGGAACCUUUACCCAGGCAAACAUUGAGAAACAGCGGUCAUACAACCUUCCACAGUGGAAAGCAUUGUCUGAAGAAAUCAGUCAUCAACCUCCAGCCAGACGAGGAGAAAGACGAUGGACCCAAGGGAAGACCCGGGGUACAGUCAGAAGUCAUGGUAAUAAAGGUGAAUCUCAGAAACGCAAAACAGCUUCAAGUAAGCGUAAAGCCAGUGAGGAAUUGCCCGAACGCCAGGAUGAUGGCCAAGGAUCCAAACCUGAAAGCCCUCCUACUCCAGUGUCCCCAGUGUCAAAGCCAGUCAAAGCCAAAUCCGAGGAACUAAGUGAUGGAGAGCCAUUGCCUGCCCCAAAGCCAAAAGGCAGACAACCCAAGUCUGUCUCUGCUCGACGGAAAAAUAACCGAGAUGAGCAAGACGACUAUAUUGAUGAAGAAGCUUUCAUCGAUUUUGACUAUCGUCUCUCCAGUAACGAAGAGUUCACCGCUGAAAGGUGUGAAGAACUCGAAACCGCUUAUUGGAAAUCUCUUAUGUAUAACAACCCCAUGUAUGGUGCUGAUAUGCCAGGUUCCUUGUUUGAUGAUGCCGUGACUUCAUGGAAUGUUGCCAAUCUCCCAAAUCUUCUGGAUGUUCUCGGCCAAAAAGUCCCUGGUGUCAACACCGCCUAUGUAUACCUUGGCAUGUGGAAGGCCACUUUCGCCUGGCAUCUUGAAGAUGUUGACCUCUACAGCAUUAACUACAUCCACUUUGGCGCUCCUAAACAGUGGUACAGCAUCUCACAGGAAGACCUUCCACGCUUCGAGGCAGCGAUGCGGAGUAUUUGGCCAACGGACUCGAAAAACUGCAGCCAGUUCUUACGACACAAGACCUACCUUAUUUCCCCCACCGUCCUCAAGUCUCAGUACGGCAUUACCGCGAACAAACUAGUCCACUAUGAAGGCGAGUUCGUUAUCACGUUCCCGUAUGGAUACCACUCCGGAUUCAACUUGGGGUACAACUGUGCAGAAUCGGUCAAUUUUGCUACGGAAAGUUGGCUCGACUAUGCCCGUAUCGCCAAGAAAUGCCACUGCGAAACGGAUACUGUCUGGAUCGACGUCGAAGAGAUUGAACGGAAAUUACGGGGUGAAACUACUCCUGAGUACUACGAUGAGACCAGAAGUGAACAGUAUGAAGGUGCCUCCGACCUUCUCACUCCGCCUCGAAGCGUUCCGGAAAAAUCCACAAGACCCAGGAAACGGAAGGUUGAUGGUAUUGAGCCUAAAUCCAAGCGUGCCAAGUUGCAUCUAGAUUCGCCAAAGAAGCCGCCAUGUGUACUAUGCCCAAAUAGUAUGGACUACGAAGAACUGUUGCCCACUGAAGGUGGUCAAUCACAAGCACAUAGACGAUGCGCCUUGUUUAUUGAAGAGACCUCUAUCCUUAAGGAUGACCUCGGACGUGAGAUCGUCUGCGAUGUUGACAAGAUUCCCAAAGCAAGAAUGGGCCUAAAAUGCUUGUUCUGUCGCGAGGUAAAAGGUGCUUGCUUCCAGUGUAUGUAUGGGAAGUGUGCUAGGUCAUACCAUCCUACAUGUGCAUUGCUUGCAGGUGUCCAGGUGGAAUUUGGUGAAACUUCGGUUGUUGCGGAUGACGGCCAAGAGUAUUCAGUUCCAGCUAUCGACUUGAAAUGCAAGUACCAUCGGCAGAAGAGAUUUGGCUCUCUCCCAUCACAGACGCUCGAUAUGGACUCCAAGGUUUUGGAGACAGCAAUGAAGUUGAAGCCAGGAGACUUGAUGCAAUUUCAAGCCGAUAAGGAGAUUAACGGAGCUGUGGUGCUGGAAAACCGUCCAUUGGAGCGCUCACUAAUGCUGAAAGUGCUUCCACGAGGUGAUGUGAUUGAGCUCCCAUACCGGUGGACCUUAAUAGUUAAAAAGACCAAUUUUCCCCCACUACCCCCAAAUAUUCUGCCUCUUCCUGCCCACCUUUCUCGAAAGCCCGAUUCGAGAAACGAUUCGAAUUCGUCCAUGCCAUCUCAUGGAAUGAUAUUUGGUGAUACUUCCUCCAGCUACCGCUGGGAGGAUUUCAUUUGCGAGCAACCCCCAUUUAAUCCGGAUUCCUGUACAGUUGAUCUGACAAAGCCGGAAACCUUAUGGUAUUAUAUUGGCAAGACCUCUACAGACUGCCGUGCCCAGUAUACCCAUAAUGUGGAUAUUUCCAUUCAUAAUCCUAGGUCCAAUUUCCUUGAGAGUGUAAGAACUGCUAGGGCGCCCACUGUUCCAGCCAAGGCCUUGGGUCGUCCUGUAUACAAUUCGAACGCAGUUGUUUCUGGAUCCCCUUCUGUUACCAGGCCUCUUUUAGGAUCGACCCCUACGACAGCUAUAGGUCCAGCAGUACAAUCCACAAGAUCGGUGUCUCCAGCAAAGUCUCAGGCUUCCAACCCCCAGACCAACGAUGGUCUUCCGGUGUGGAGUCCAAGCGAUGCUGCAAUGAAGUCUACUAUGGCCCGUAGGCUUAUUGCUUCCAUUACUGAACAUGCCAAUGCAACCGCUGGAUACACUAUUGUUAAUCCUGACUUUGUGGUACAGACUCUUUUAGGAGAUGAUACCUCGCCAAUUCCAAAGAACGGCUUGGAAAAGCUUAGAACCUCCAUGUCCGAAUCACAGGUCCCAGUCAGAUCCCUGGAUGGAACUGUUACCUACCAGCCGUUAAACAUGGAGGCCGACGACGUCGAUCAUCUGAUCCGAAUGCUUCGUUUCGCCGUGAGCAGCCUCACCAGCGUCGUUAAUAUGCCAGAGAAACCCAAGGCUCCUGAACAGCAGCAGGUGGUGGCCCCCGAGCCUGUGAAAGUUCUUCAGCCCCAACCCCAAGAACUCGCCGCUCAAUCGGUUACCGGAAAGUGGGCAUACCUGGAGCUACAAAGACGCCAGGCGCCGCCCGUUUACUGCUCGCCAUAUGCACCCGGGUUUGGGUUCUCGGAUUAUGCCAAGGGGGAAUAUGGACUAGUAGGAACUCCGCAAUUAUCUCGAAAAGAGCCUUUAGCAGCGGACUAUUUUGCUAAGCUAUCUCCAGAAGACCAGGAAAAGAUAGUCCAGGCAUGUGGGCCGGUUCCCCCAGCCUCGGAGAACUUCUCAACACUGGAUGGCUCGAUAAUAGCAACACAUGGCCCGGCAAAUCAAAACCUCCUAUUCCCUUCGACGGAAACUGCUGCGCCUAAUAUAUCGGCGGCCAUGGCCCCAGAUAGCCAUCUCCACCCACUUUCCGCCUUCGACAUGACUCUCCGCGCCGACUCCCCCGCGUCAAGUUUUAACCGUGUCCCACUUCACUACCAAUCUCCUCAGGAAUUUGGUAGUCACCUAGACAACGAGUCGUCCUUACUUCCACGCCAUCUAAACGAUCAUCACGAUCUCUUCGGCGACCAGCAAGCAAACACGCGGUUUUGGCAACGAAGUGUCCCGUGGAAUGACGUUGAUACUCCAUCCCAUGACGAGGAGCAUAGACCUUUCUUCGGUCCUCAUCUACGCCCUCCAGGUCAUGAUUAUGCUUCGUCGGACAUGGAAUUUGGCAAGGGGCCUGGGUCACUCCAUUCAAUGGAUAUGGCUGGAUUCGGUUUCGAUGGCCCAGACGAUCUUCUUCCGGAUCCAAGUCCAUAA